AUGGAAUCCAUCAUUUUACCAACUCAUCAUUCUCAACAAGUUUUACAAAUUCGACAUGAUAAAACAUAUCAUCAUCAUGAUCUAUCUGAGAGGUUAUCUGGAAGAUUUGACUCAACGGAAUCUUUGAUUGAGUCCUUAGUACCACCUCUCAUCAAACUUGGUCUCGUCAAUCCCAUUGGAGAUUAUCAUAAUCUGACUCAUGAUUCGAAUCUUGAGAGUUCAAUCUCUUCUGAAUCUUCAUCAUUCUGGAAGAGAGAGUUACCCAGAAUCCAUUGUAAUCUUCUCACUCAUAUUGCUGUAGAUUGGCGUCUCAAUCUGAUUGAAAACAAUCAUUGGCAUUCUAUCUACUAUGCUUGGUUUGGUUUACCAACUCAAAAAUCUGAUAAUGGAGAAUGUGAUUCGAAUAGCACGGCCAUCAAGAUGUCUUGUAUCGCGAUCGAAUCGCUGGCCCGCUGCUUGACCACUCCUACUUCUUCGCAAUGCGCGCUUCAUCCGGAUACCCUUGAUACGAUUAUCGAAUUGACGAGUCAAAUUCUAGAAACUUACUCUCUCUCAGAUUGGUACUUCAUCCUCUUCGACCCAAAAAAUAAACUCAAUUCAAGGCAAACAGUCCAAAAAAACGAGGAAUGGCGACAAUUUAUCAAUACACUAUUGAGUAUUCCUGAUAAAAUCACGAACGCGACAUCUCGAAUGGGGGCCUCAACCGAUCACACUCAAUUCCCACCUCGAGCCCAUAGAUUAGAUUGGGUGUCUCUAUUGACUCGACUCAGUCUUCAUUUUGAGUCACUCCUUCGAAAAACGGCACAAGAAAAUCAAGCCUCUAUCGAUGUUCAACCCUUAAGCUCGUUUAUUUCCAAGCUCAUUCGCAUAGGCUUUAUCACGGUGGACGUUAAUCCUAAGUCGUGUAGUCGGGAAAAGGCGACAGCGGAACUCUACCGCUGUUAUCUUGGUAACUUGGAAGAUACUGUCCACGGGGAAGAUUCAGAAAUUGGUGAGGUGCUGCAGGAGUUGAUUAUCGAGCGACCUAGUUGGAACAUUGGUACGGCUCGAGCUCUGUCUCGAUGGAUAUCCCACGAACAAUGUGCUGAAGAAGCCAGGCCUUCGUUGGCCCGACGCGCUUUAAAGAAAUUUUGCAGCAAAACUCAAAUUUCACAUGGCUCGGCUUCGCACCAUGCAUUUGUGCUCUUGAUCCUACUAUUAAACUCCUGCCCUAUUGAUACCAAAUCACGUAUCAUUGAUCUGACAAGUGACCCUAAAUUCCAUGAAGGAGUGCACCAAUCAUUAGACUCCCUGCGCAAGCGGAUCAGGCUGUUGGGCAUGUUAAUGGCUGAGCUGCUCACAGGGUUUGAGGAGCCAGGUCGCGCAAAGACGAUCAAACACGACUUUGGUUCUGAGAUUUGGAAUGAGGUGGAUGACGACACCAACUUAUGUAGACAGCUUCGCAUGUUGGUCGAGAAAUGGGCUCAGCUGACUACUGACAGCACCGUUUGGCAACUUGACAUUGCAACCCAACUCGAAAAACUAAAUCCAUCAACCUUACAUACUCCGUUACCUAUCUCCAAAGAUCACAACCAGAGGCUUAUAGGUCGUGAAUGCGAUACCUCUUCACCUCGAGUGCUUCCGCUUAAAGGCAAGAAUCGACAUGCAUCGGAAACUCGCGAAGCUCAACAUGCUCCCCCCAACGAGGAUUCUACCGUGCCAGUGGAUAUCAAAGGUUUAUCAAUCAGUGCUCCAUCACAAAAGCAAAACAAACGACCUAUGAUAGAGGUGCUAAAUUCAUCUACACCUGGGUUACAGCCCUACGAUAUCUCCGAUGACGACUUGGCUGAACUUGAUGGUGAGCUGAAUGACGAGGCGGAUGGAAGCCACACAGUGGAACAAAUGUACAACUCUCGGUCCAAGGUAAAGCCAAAGAUCCCGGUAUAUAUUCAUGAUCUGACCGAGUAUUUUAAAGAUGCCGAAAAUCAUGAGAAGAUCGAAUUGGCACUCAAGACAGCUGAGUCAUUGAUUCGUAGAAAGAAGGGAUGGGGAAAUGAGUUGAUUGAACAUAGUCUGGAUCUCACCUUUGCACUCUUGCUGCUUCAAGAUAGUUUUGAUCUCGAUAACUUUUCUGUCCACCGUCAAGCUGCACUGACCGCGCUGGUUGUGAGCGUUCCCGAAAAGGUAGCACCAUGUUUAAUCGAACAACUUUUUUUCCACCAAUACUCCAUUACUCAAAGAAUUUGUAUGCUCAAUGCACUGGUAUUAGGCGCCAAGGAGCUGGCUGAAUCAACAUCAAUUUCGGCUGAUACUAUCAAAUUUCGUGAAACAAGCAAUCUGACCGCUUCGUCGCAUAUGAGUUCUUCUCAAAUCAACAACAUACGCUCUUUACUUGACUCUAGGCCUGAACUUUUAUCAGAUAUGUCUCAGGAUCUUACUAAACACACGCUCGAGAGAGUAAGAGAUCAGAAUGUGUCGGAAGGCCCUGUUAUUCAAGCGCGAUCAUCGAAUACCACUCGGAUCAGUAGCACACUUGAAAAGGCGCGACUACAGAAAUUAACCCCUGGUAUCAAUCAACCGGCCCGGCUUCCUCUCCUUGCUACCGAAUAUUUUAUCAUGCCUAUGAUUAAUCGGAUGUGGAUCUAUCUAGAAGAAGCUACUUCAGCUCAACUAGAUAAGGGUCGUGGUCAGCCAUACCUUGGAUCGGGAUGGGCGAUCCUCUUGCAACCGAUGUUACUCUCAAGAUUUGUUCAAAGCUUAACGAUCCUUCUCUAUCUUUCACGAAACUCGGUUGAUUUUCUGAAUGUGUACUUGGUAGAGAGCUUAGUACUAAGUAUCAAGCUAAGGACUCAUAUAUAUGAAUCAAGAAUGAGCGGAGAAGAGAUAGUAGAAUCUGCACUUUUAGAAUUGAACCUCAUGGUCCUUGAUAUCACGAUCAAUUUAGGAGGUGGAUGGAAAUUGAUCGAAGAAAGUAGAGGAAAGGGGGAUGAAUGGAUACAACCUUUGAAUAGUGGUGAGGGUUUAUUGGGUGUGAUACAUAACUGGGCCGCGGCGGUAGUUGAGGUUGAACAGCAUCGGACUGGUAGUGAACUGACUCGUACUGGAUUGGCUGCUGUGGGCAUCAUAGUCUUGAUCGAGCGUUUGAUGAAAAGGCAAAGCUUGGAAAGAUCUCAUGGUUUGCUCUUGGGUUUCAGUAUGACUGAAAACGUACAGGCUGACAACCCGGCUACAAAUCAUGAGAGUACACUCUUCCAAGUGUACUCUUGCAUACCAAAGCUGACCGAAAUGAGUCAAGUCUCUGUUCAAGAUCCUCGAGCCACCAACAAUUGUCGCCUGCAUGGUCUUCGCUCCUGUUGGAAAGAUCGAUCAACAUAUCGACUUUUCUUCUCUACUUCCCAUAGUAACACAAAUAUUGAGAUGUGCUUGGGCUUGGACGUAGACGUGGCACUUUCGGUUUGGAAUUUUGAUACAUAUACAUUUGACAUUCAAAUAAAAGCCUUAUUGGGGGCAUGCAUGAACCUUAUGGCCAUACCAAUCCAAGAGAUACCCAGGUGGACCUAUCAAAAGAUGAUGGUUGCCAGUCCUUGGGUUCGGGACACUCUUGAUCUGCACAGUAUCCACGAAACUUUCGUGACGUGUGACGCAAAGAAUGACUCACAUUCGUAG